GAUUUAUUACAUGUAGAGGGUAGUUCAAUUUAUUGUUCCACUACACAACACUUUUAUCAGUUUACGUAAUAAAUUGACAGUAAAUGUACACUGCCGAGCUCAGACAACAAACAAGCUAAUUAUAAUUACUAAUUAUCAAUAAGUUUGAUUGACUUUGAACUAAGUCGAUUGCUCAUAAAGCACACUGUAACAUACGGUGAUAAUGAUGAACUUAUACAAAUUAAAAGUGUAAACAUGUCAUAGUGAUUUGACUAAUAGUGUGACAAACAUGUGUAGUUCUAUGAAUAGCUUUAAUCAGAAAUCUUGAUAAUUUGCAAAUUAAAUUAGAAUUGGAAUAUUUUUUUGUGAAAUAUUAGUGAUGUAUUAAAUAACAUAUCAAUUGAGUUAGUGUACGAAAUGAUAUAAUGCAGAACGUGUGCUUGGAGUUGGCGGCAGCGCAGGAGGCGGCGGGCGCGCAGGCUCGUGCGGCGCCAGCUGAUACCAUGGGCGGCGCGCACCAGCCCGCAACUCCGGGGCCCAGCUCGCUGUUUAUAUUUUCCGACGAAAAUCUAAUUCGGAGAACUACAAAAUUUAUUAUCGAGUGGCCGCCUUUCGAGUACGCGGUGCUACUUACCAUCAUCGCCAACUGCGUGGUGCUGGCGCUGGAGGAGCAUCUGCCCAACGGCGAUAAGACCAUCUUAGCACAGAACCUGGAAAAGACCGAGACGAUCUUUUUAGGCAUAUUUUGUGUAGAAGCAUCGUUGAAAAUUUUAGCCUUAGGUUUUGUUUUACAUAAGGGAUCUUAUCUUAGGAACAUUUGGAACAUCAUGGAUUUUUUUGUUGUGCUAACGGGUAUCAUCACGCAGACGCCGAUGGUGCCCGAAGUCGACUUCAGGACCUUGCGUGCCAUUAGGGUGCUGAGGCCCCUUAAAUUAGUAUCGGGCAUUCCUAGUCUACAAGUGGUCCUGAAAUCCAUAAUAAAGGCGAUGGCCCCGUUGCUGCAGAUAGGCCUGUUGGUGCUUUUCGCGAUUGUUAUCUUUGCCAUCAUCGGCCUCGAGUUCUACUCAGGGGCGCUGCAUAAGACUUGUUAUAGUUUAGAAGAUAUUAGUCAAAUAGCAAAUGAAGGUGACAGUGCGACACCGUGUAACGCUGAUAACCAAACACUAGCUCCGUACGGGGCGAACGUUUGCAGAGAUGACAUCAGCACGUGUUUAGAGAAAUGGGAAGGGCCAAACAGGGGCAUCACGUCUUUCGAUAAUAUCGGCUUCGCAAUGCUCACUGUCUUCCAGUGCAUCACCAUGGAGGGCUGGACCGCCAUUCUCUAUUGGACAAACGACGCGCUGGGUUGUGCGUUCAACUGGAUUUACUUUGUGCCUCUAAUAGUAUUGGGUUCAUUCUUUAUGCUCAAUUUAGUUCUUGGUGUCCUUAGCGGUGAAUUUGCUAAAGAAAGAGAGAAAGUCGAAAAUAGACAAGAAUUUCUUAAGCUACGAAGGCAGCAACAACUUGAGAAAGAGCUCAACGGUUACGUUGAGUGGAUAUGUAAAGCUGAGGAAGUUAUAUUAGCGGAAGAAAGAACAACAGAAGAAGAAAGAAUGCAUAUAAUAGAAGCACGGAGAAGAGCAGCUGCCAAAAAGAAAUUAAAAAAUUUAGGGAAAAGUAAAAGCACUGACACAGAGGAAGAAGAACAAGACGAGGAAUGCGGGGACGACGGUUUUCUAAAAGGAAAAUCGAGGUCGCCUGGCAAAUGCGCAGAUUUCUGGCGUGCUGAGAAGAGGUUUCGGUUUUGGAUUAGGCAUACGGUGAAAACCCAGUGGUUUUAUUGGUCGGUCAUCGUAUUGGUGCUCUUCAACACGAUAUGUGUCGCCGUCGAGCACUAUAAUCAGCCCGAAUGGCUUACUUCAUUUUUAUAUUAUGCAGAGUAUGUAUUUCUUGGUUUGUUUAUGAUGGAAAUGAUAGUUAAAAUGUACGCACUGGGUCCACGAAUUUACUUCGAAUCUUCUUUCAACCGUUUCGACUGCGUUGUCAUUUCCGGCUCAAUCUUCGAGGUUGUGUGGUCGGAAGUGAAGGGCGGUUCCUUUGGUCUUUCUGUCUUGAGAGCUCUAAGACUGCUGAGGAUAUUCAAGGUCACAAAGUAUUGGUCAUCAUUAAGGAACCUGGUGAUAUCUCUACUGAACUCAAUGAGGUCUAUCAUUUCGUUGCUGUUCCUGCUGUUCUUGUUCAUUCUUAUCUUCGCUCUACUCGGCAUGCAGCUCUUCGGAGGACAGUUCAACUUCGAGGAGGGCACGCCGGCGACCAACUUCAACACCUUUCCUAUUGCGUUGCUCACUGUCUUCCAGAUUCUCACAGGUGAAGAUUGGAACGAGGUUAUGUAUCACGGCAUCCAAUCUCAAGGAGGUAUUCAGAAGGGCAUGCUGUACUCAUUGUACUUUGUCGUUCUGGUCUUAUUCGGCAACUACACAUUGCUGAACGUGUUCCUUGCCAUCGCUGUCGACAACUUGGCUAAUGCCCAGGAACUGACAGCCGCCGAAGAGGAACAAGUCGAGGAAGACAAAGAGAAGCAGCAACAAGAAUUGGAGAAAGAGAUGGGUGCGUUACACGCGUUGGACGGGACUCCACCUGGAGUUGACUUAAGUCCGUCGUCGCCGGCGAGUAGGAAGAAUAAAAAGAAAGAAGAGGCCAAAAAAGAUGAAGAUGAAGAGAUACCAGACGGACCAAAACCAAUGCUGCCAUAUUCGUCCAUGUUUAUUUUAUCACCUACUAAUCCAAUAAGGAGAGGCGCACACUGGGUUGUAAAUUUAAGAUAUUUUGAUUUUUUUAUCAUGGUAGUUAUAUGUAUGAGCUCUGCAGCUUUAGCAGCCGAAGAUCCCGUACGCGAAAAAAGCAAAUGGAACGAAAUAUUAAAUUACUUCGAUUACGCGUUCACGGGCGUUUUCACUGUGGAGAUGCUGCUGAAGAUCAUCGAUCUUGGCAUCCUGUUCCACCCGGGUGCCUACCUCCGCGACCUCUGGAACAUCAUGGACGCCGCCGUCGUGAUCUGCGCCCUCGUCAGCUUUGGCUUCGAGAUCGGGGGCGUUAAAAGUGGCGCGGGUCAGAAUCUGUCGACGAUAAAGUCGUUGAGAGUGUUACGUGUGUUAAGACCGUUGAAAACUAUAAAACGUGUUCCAAAACUAAAAGCAGUGUUCGACUGUGUCGUGAACUCUUUGAAGAACGUCAUUAACAUUCUCAUUGUGUACAUAUUGUUUCAAUUCAUAUUCGCCGUAAUCGCGGUGCAACUUUUUAAUGGUAAAUUUUUUUUCUGCUCGGAUAUCAGUAAGAAUACGAAGACAGACUGCCAAGGGUCGUACUUCGUGUACGAAUCGAACAGCUUACUGCCGCGCAUCCACAGGCGGACGUGGACGACGCAGUCCUUCCACUACGACAACGUCGCCUCCGCCAUGCUGACGUUGUUCGCUGUACAGACGGGUGAAGGAUGGCCACAAGUACUACAGAACUCGAUGGCCGCAACGUACGAAGAAAGGGGACCCAUACAAAAUUUUCGUAUAGAAAUGUCCAUAUUUUAUAUAGUUUACUUCGUGGUGUUUCCAUUCUUCUUCGUUAACAUAUUCGUAGCUCUGAUUAUUAUAACGUUUCAAGAGCAGGGCGAAGCGGAAUUGCAAGACGGCGAAAUCGAUAAGAAUCAGAAAUCAUGUAUAGACUUCACGAUAGAAGCGAGACCUCUCGAAAGGUACAUGCCAAGUAAAAGGGCGAGUUUUAAGUACAAAGUUUGGAGAAUAGUCGUUUCCACGCCCUUCGAGUAUCUCAUCAUGACCCUCAUUGUCCUCAAUACGUUAUUGCUCAUGAUGAAGUACUAUCAUCAAAAUGACGACUACGCGGAUUUCCUCAAGUAUUCGAAUAUGGGGUUUACUGGAAUGUUUUCCGUGGAAACGGUGUUGAAAAUCAUCGCUUACGGUGUGAAAAAUUUUUUCAAAGACCCGUGGAAUACUUUUGACUUCAUCACGGUCAUUGGAAGUAUUAUUGACGCCCUAAUUAUGGAGUUUGGCGAGAACACUUUCAACGUCGGCUUCCUUCGCUUGUUUCGGGCCGCUCGACUGAUCAAGCUGCUCAGACAGGGUUACACCAUCCGGAUACUUCUCUGGACGUUCGUGCAGAGUUUCAAAGCCUUACCCUACGUGUGCCUUCUCAUCGCGAUGCUGUUUUUCAUUUACGCCAUCAUCGGAAUGCAGGUGUUUGGAAAUAUAGAAUUAACGCCCGAGCAAGACAUAAAUAGGCAUAAUAACUUUCAGAGCUUUAUUCAAGCCCUGAUGCUUCUGUUCAGGUGUGCCACAGGUGAAUCGUGGCCUAAUAUCAUGUUAGCGUGCCUCAAACCAGCCAAAUGUGACGGGCGCGCUGGCAAACCGCCACACGAAGCUUGCGGAAGCACCCUCGCUUAUGCAUACUUUGUAUCGUUCAUUUUCUUUUGUUCAUUUCUCAUGUUGAAUUUGUUCGUCGCCGUAAUUAUGGAUAACUUUGAUUAUCUAACGAGAGACUCGUCGAUUCUCGGCGCCCAUCAUCUCGACGAAUUCGUCAGGAUAUGGGCCGAGUACGAUCCAAACGCAACAGGGAAAAUUCAUUACACAGAAAUGUAUGAUAUGUUAAAAAACAUGGAUCCCCCGUUGGGGUUUGGAAACAAAUGCCCGAACAGACUUGCGUAUAAGAAGCUAAUUAGAAUGAAUAUGCCGCUUGAUGAAGAAGGAAAAGUUAACUUCACCACAACACUGUUUGCCUUAAUAAGAGAAAAUUUAAAUAUCAAGAUGAGAUCUGCUGAAGAAAUGGAUCAGGCAGACGAAGAACUCAGAGAAACAAUAACCCACAUAUGGCCAUUACAAUCGAAGAAGAUGCUCGACUUGCUGGUGCCUCGAAAUGAUGUCCUCAACCAAGGAAAACUAACAGUUGGAAAGAUCUAUGCUGGCCUUUUGAUUUUAGAGAGCUGGAGAUCAACUAGAUUUGGCCAGACAGAACCACGGGGUGACCAGGCAUACAACGAGAAUAGCCCUACGGCGAUUCAGCCGGUUUUGGAACUCCCAGGAUCACACCACGCGUCAAUGGAAUCAUUAGAUGAAGGAAGGCUACAAGCCCCGCAGACUUACCAGAACGGACACCACGGAAGAUCGUCCAGCUUAAGACGCACGCCAAGUCCAAGAAGAAGAGGGCAUUACGGAGGUUAUCAUCACGACAUUGGCUUCUCAGACACCGUUAGCAACGUCGUCGAGAUAGUCAAGCAUGAGCACCAGAGACACGGGCGAGCGCAUCGAGCACCUCAUCACUACUACCCACAUGGGAAGGAGUGGAGGGCGCCGCACCCCACGACCAGCCUGAGCCAGCCCUCGCGAUCGCCCAGCCCGCCACAUCACACCUACGUUUGGGCUCCGAUAGGUGGUGAGCGGGAGCGGGAACGAGACCGCGAGUGGCGGGAGUGGCGCGACCGGUCGUGGGAGCGCGAAGGCACCAGACGCGGUCGCGGCCGCCAGCUCCCGCCCACGCCCACCAAGCCGUCCACGCUACACGUCAAGCAGCAGCCACCAUUCACAAGAAUCAGCCACAGUCCUUCGCACUUAUCACUAAGGCACACGGUCAGAGAACCCGUGGAGCCCUUACAUGAUGAGUACGAAUACGGCAGAGAAGUUGAAAGACUGAUACACCGAGAUUAUAGAUCUAGAGAAAGACGCGUACGAACGUACGAGCCGGAGGUAACCGCGCGACCAUACGAGGCUCCGCUGAGCUACGAGGCGGCGCUGGCGAUGGGUCGCGGCGGAGGGGGCGGGGGUGGGGGGCGCGCGCUGCCGUCGCCGGCGCCCGGCUGCCCAACGGGUACAAGCCGCGCGCACGCCACUCGGACUCGGACGAGGACGACUGGUGCUAGCGGCGCGGGCGCGCGCGCACUCACACUCCCGCGCCGCGCCGCACCACCUCCCCCACGACGUGUUAUACUGUUUACCCGACUUUUCGAAACUUUCGUUUGUAAUCCGCUAAACAUUUUACUCGUUGAUUUGUAUUAUCUACGGUUAAGGUGAUCUAAGUGUAAAACGGUGCCGGACGUUUCGUUUGCGCUAGGAUUUUUACGUAAAAUGUUAUUAGUAUGUAUUGUAAACUUUCUAUAUUACAUUUGCACUACGUGAGGGCUAUGUUUGCCGCCUGGUGAAACGAAGAGGGUCGCGCCGCCUCCGUUGCUACUCCGUGACCGAGCAAGUCGAAUGCCGCAAGCGACGGAUAAGCUGGUUUACAAUUUUAUAUCUUACGAUUUCGCAGAUAAGGUCUUAAAUGGUAAGCCAAGGGGUUCGGCGAAGCUGCGGAACGACACUAUUUAAUAAAAGUUAUUCAGGGCGUUACCACCACUGCGCCCCUGGGUCGUUGCGGCGAGACCUCAUUUGAAACCGUUUCAUGUUCAAAUGAAAGACGUUGAGAGAACACUAGAAAUUCAUCGUCAAACAAAUUAUUACUAGUAUUGUAUAAAUAUUUACAUAGAAAAUAAUUUUUACUUAGUUAAUAUCGUAUUAAAUAAAUAAUUACAUUUUUAUUGAAUUUGCUGUCCUUCCCCCAAGUGCUUUAUACCUACGUUAUUUAAAUUUAAAUACGAUUAUAUUAUAAUGGCGGAAUAUAUUAUUAUGUAAAUUUAAAAAUAUAUCUCUGCGUUAAACUAUACCCAAAUUGUUGAUUCGUGAAUUAUAUUUAUCGCUUAUAAGAUUUACGUGUCUGGUGCAAUGAUUUUCUUGGAUUAAAUUCUUAAAAUUCAUAUCAUUACGUAACUAACUAAACAAAACUAACAUUUUCUGUUUCAAUUAAUACUUUCAUUACUCGCAUCUAAUUUUCUUUGCACAAACAAAAAAACACGAGAUGUUUUACAUCAAUUUCUUGAAGAAUGAAUAUAAUUUUAUGAAAUCGAAUUAUAAAAAUCAAACCAAUCCAAGAUCAAAUCAUCACCAGGCAAAAGUUUUUUUUUUUUGUACAAUCAACAACAGAAUUGGUUUAAGAUUUGUUUAGAAACUAAAGACGCUCUUUGCGUGUACGUACAUGUUAGAUUUGAUAUGAAUUUCAGAUUUUUAUAAAUUAUUAAUAUAAAUAAAUAUAAAAUGGUACAAAACCAAUUCUGUCGUAGUAUGUACCGUUCGAUAGUCCGAUAUAGUCCUUUGACCAUCACGAACAAAAAAAUACAUUGUCAUAUAUUAGUCACUCGUUAGUGAACCUCUAUAAUGCGACUGUUGUACUUUAAGGGUUAGAUGUCGAAAGAAAUAAUUAUAUAUAUUGAACUAAUAUUACAGAAUAAGAAGUACUUUGAUAUCAAAAAGUUAAAAUAAUUACAUGCAAAGCCUAUGACUUGUUUUUACAAUUUAAAUGUUUAGAGAAAAAAUCCCUAUGAUCAUUUACCGCGAACUGUGCCUAAAAUAGGGAACUUUUUAAUGAAUCAUUAAGCAAUAAAGACAUAAAUUUUGAAGAAAUAAAUUAUGAUAAAUUUAUUAAAAAUAUAUUUACGCUCUAUAAUUUGCGUAAUUACUGUAGGGUAUCUUGUGAACCCGCACGGGUAGGUACCACCACCCCGCCAAAUUCUGCCAUGAAACAGUAAUGCUUUUCAGUUUGAAGGGUGGGGCACUGUAAAACUGAGUCUUAGAACUAAUAUCUCAAGAUGGGUGAUGGCAUUUACAUUGUUUAUCUAUGGGCUCUAGUAACCACUUAAAUCCAAGUGGGCUGUGAAUUCGUCACCCAUCUAAGCAAUCAAUAAAGCACGAUAUUGGAAUAUUGUGUGUCACGACGCCGCAUCCGCCUUUGCAUUCUGUUAUCAAAUUUUAAUAUGCUAAUUAAAUGUUAUCAUAAUAACCAUUUCAUUCGACCACUACUUUAAUAUAAAGCACUAUAAUUAAAUCAUAACAAUACUAAAUAAAUACAUUAGAUACUUAAAAAAAAAACAAUGCUUAAUUUACAUUCAAGUUAGCUUUUGCGAAAUAAGAUUCCUAAUCGUUAUCAUAUACCUAUGAGACAAGGCAAAAUUUAAGAAACAUAUUAUCAAAAAUGUAUUAAGCAAUCGUAUCCGCAAAACUAAUACGUAAAAGGCUCGUGUUUAUCUAGUAGGCUUUAUAAUAUAACAUAACAAUAAAACUAUUAAAGUUGACAUAGUUGCGUGUACAACUCAAAACAGACCAAUGCCUUGUUUUCGUUAAACGUAGGUACAAAUUCAGUGUUAGACUAAGUCGGUGUUCAAAGUGUUUAUAUGUUCGUUUCAUAAUUAAGACUCAUAAAGUAAUGAAUGACACGACCAUUACGUAUUAACAAAACGUAAAUAUCGCUAAAAAGCAAUAACGUGUUAAUUGUAAGUUUAAAUGUGUUUUAACUUUUUCUAAUAUUAAAGUGAACAAAACCUUUGUUAAUGCUAUGAUCGUAUUUUUAGCAAACGAGUACAAAAAAUAAAGUACAAUAGUCGUCUUUCCAGAGCUAUCGUUCACCAUCAGGUACAUUCGUCGCGAGGCAUGCUGUAGGAUAAAACGUACGUCACAUUAGUGCGAAAAAAAUUUGUAAAUACAUGAUUUUCUGUGAUAACAUGAUGGUGAAGUAAGGAACUUAUUAUUAGAACUGUGUGAUUGCAUGGGCAAGGUGGUUCAUUUCUCUAAGUCUGCGCACGUUCUGGGAAACAUGUGUAUCAAAAAUACUAUUCAAUUUUGCUACUGACUGUACAUUAAAAUAGUUUUAUAAAUUUUAGUAAUAAAAUUCUAAAUCUUAACGUAUCGAAAAAGAGAUCCUAAUUUUCGUUUCAAUACUAUGAGACAUCUCAUAACAAAUUACAUAAAACACAACGUUUUUAAGUAUUUUUAAUUAGUUCGUAUGUUCAACGAACUAUCUAAAAAUUCUCGAAUUAUUAAUUAAUAUUGGAACAACUCAAAAGCAACUUGUUUCCCACCAACGUGCUAUAUUUAAACGAUAGAUAUUUUAGUGGAAAUCGGAUAUUAUUCUCUCAUAUAUUUUGAUCGUUGUUGUUCGUUGCGAAGGACAGGAACGGGUAUAUUAUAGCUUUCAUAUUUUACCUCUGUUAGCUAAUAGUUAUUAGUACAAAACAAAACCAGAAACGCCGUUCAAUCGUAUUUUGUGCUAUACCGUCAGUUAUCGUCAUUUAUACGUUUGAAAAAUAUUAAAAGCCUCUAUUUGUAUUAUGUAUAUUCGUUAUGACAUCAUAGCAAUCAAUGCGUUUUGAAUUAAUUAAUGAUAUUAUUGAUGUUACAAUUACAAAGCUGCGUAGGAUUUACAUUGUUUUGUUUCGUAAAUGUUUCGCGCUAAAAAGCGUAAUCCACAGAUUAUAUAUAUAAAAAUUGUUGCCAUCGACUACAGUGUGUUAGAUUUUAUUGUAAUAUGUAGUUUAUUGUUUGAUCGUUUAUCGAUUCAUGAAAUAUAUUUAUAAUGGUUAUUUGAAUAGAGGUUCUUUCGUUUUGUAAUUCACAACAUCCUGUGUGUUAUACGAUGUUCAAACGAGCCGAUGGACUUUCGAUGACAGAGGUACAAUGAGUGCGUCCUGCUUCAGUGUUUGAAUGUCCCACGACUGUGACGGAUGUUUCACCGGCAUAUGUACGUGUGUGUUAUAUGUGUAAAUAUUGUAAAAUAUAAAAACGGUCGAAUGAGCCGUCUGUGAAAAUGUCUAGUUAUAUGUAACUAGUUAAUGAUAGCUAGGUAAUAUCGUCCCAACUGUCCUUUGAAUUUAAGUUGGCUGUUUCACUGCCUUAAAAUUAAUAAUUAAAAGUUCAACGUAAUAAUUUUUAAACUAAUCCAGAUAGGCCGCAUCUCAAUUACGUAAGUUAUAUCUUGACAUUAGAGCCAUAAAGUCGAAUAUCAAUGGUUCCAAAAAUUCAAAUUAUAACUCGUUCUAAUGUAUUUUAGAUAUGUGACCAUUUUAGGAUAAGAUUUUUAAAAAUCCAUUGAUCUAAAAACUCUGUACAUUAGGUCGAAACUUACAAAAAAUACUGCACACAAAUGCGUAUAAAAGAGAUUUCAACAAAAAGUCGCACAUUGUGUUUCUUGUGUCGAGGUAUAUACUUUAUCAUUCAAUACUCACGUCAAAAUUAUAAUAAAAUCAAAUAUCGUAAUAAAACUAGCGAAGGCGUACUUACGGUUUUUUAUAAAAUUUGAUAAUGAAACAUUCAAUAAUUAUAAACACAACGCGUUUCUAUUUAACGAAUGUAAAGCAGCAUUGAUGUAAUUUUAUUCUUAUACAGUUGUUAAAUUAAAAAAAUUACAAAAAUGUAUUUGUUGUUGUAAAAACACUUUCUUGACUCACUUCUUGCGAGGUUUUGCUGACGAAUUUCGGUGUAUUAUUAGCUUUGAAAACAUAAUUUAAAUCUAAGGAUCUAGAUCUAAGGACAUUGCCAUAAUUACGAUCAAAAACCUACGUAUACAGGGUGAAUUUUUCAAGUAGGCGUGGAGGGCCAAAUCUGGAACUACGAACAAAAAAGCAAAAUCGGAAAAUGCUAAAAAAUUCACGGUUUCAAAUAACUUCAUUACAAUUUGCCAAAACAUCAAUUUUCGAAAUCAAUUCCGAAGAUUUAAAACAUCUUAAAACCAUCGCUUUUUAAGUAUUGAUCUAAAGAAACUUCUAAUUCCAUUUUGAAAUCGAUUAAAAUUCUGAUUUGAUAUAAAGUAAUUUAUCCAAUAAAUUAUCUAAAUUUAAGAUUAGGACCUGUUACUUAAUUGUCUUAAAAGAGUUAACUUUGUAUAUCGUUUCAAAAUUGUCAAAUAACAGUUGAUAUAAAUAAAAAUUGUUGAAGUGAGGCGAGAAAGUUUCACAUGAUAUAAAAAAAAUGCAAUAUAAAAAACAUGCCUGCCUUGUAUCUUGUAAUUGCUUCAAAAACCAUGUUUUAUAUCGAGAAUUAUAGAGAUAAUUAGCAUAGAAAGUUCAUCGGCACAGAGAGAGAGAGAGCACUAAAUUGUUUUCGGCAUUUCCCAAUGACAUUUACAGGAUAGAGCAAUCCUAUUGAUAUUGUAUUUAAUAAAGAACCAAACUUAAAGUUAGAAUUUAAGUAAUUUAUUAUCCUAUAACUAAAAUACUAUAUGCAUGUUUUCACUAUACUGGUAAAAUGGUUAUGUACAAUACGAAAGAGCUAAUGUUUUAUAAUGAAUUCUUGCUCGCCUGUAAAAUUUUGCAGAACGAAUCAUAUUAUAAGAUUGUACAAUAUGAAUAAAUGCAAAAAAAAAAGACAUUUCCUCGA